GACUGGCAUGUUCGACGCGCUGCCAAUCGUGGUGCAAAUAAAUCCCGAGACGCCGCCAGCCAUGUUCACGCUUCCCGAUCAGUGCUUUCUUGAGGUACCCAUUCGCCACCCGACGAUUCGUGGCAUUUCUCAGCUCGGUUUGAAGUGGUACGGUAUACCGGCGGUGUCGAACAUAACCAUGGAUCUCGGAGGUUUGCACUACACGGCUGCACCAUUUAACGGAUGGUACAUGGUGACGGAGAUUGCGACGCGGAACUUUGGCGAUGAGUCGCGGUACAAUCUUCUACCGCAAAUCGCCGAGGCCAUGGGCCUAGAUACAUCGACGCACGACACGCUAUGGCGCGAUCACGCUCUGGCUGCGAUCAACUACGCCGUGUUCGAUUCAUUUAAGGGCGCGUUGACAAAAUCAUGUAUGCAGCGUCAAGUUAGAAAUGCGAUGGCAAUCCAACGCGUCAUCGAGAUUUGCACGCUGUAA